CCUGCAGACUAUUGCACUCUGAGCCAUGCGAGCGGGCUCGUGAGCCAUGCCGUGCCGCGCGAAGAAUGCCGAGCCCAGGAAGACCAUUCCGAUGGUGCGAAUUUGUCGCCUGGUUUUGCCUGGUGGUGUCGGGCCAGGAGUUUGAGCUGAUACCCCAGGUGGACACGACCGAACAUGUCCGGGUCAGCCUGGCCGGCGGAAGCUGCAAUGUGGCUGUUGCCUGGAGCGUGCCCAGCCAGCAGCGCAACGUGUCCAGAAUCAAUGAGGUGCGCUAUGGCUUGGGCCUCACCCGCAGGGCCAACGCAUCCUUUUCCAGCUGGAAGGGCCGCCUUUGGAUGCGAGCGGUGGUCAGCAUGGAAGAGGACACGACCUACCAGGUCGGUAGCAGAGCAAGGCGCGUGCGCUUGCCGAACUGCAGCAACGCGUCUGGCGGAGCAGGCCGCACACGGCUAGCAUUGCUCGGGGACCUGGGAGUUGGCAACAUCGGGGAUGAUGUCUUGGGCAGGAUACUGAACACCACGGAAAGGCCGGCGUUUGAUGCGGCCAUCCACCUGGGGGACCUGGGGAACAACCUCUCCUCUGAGGCGGGCGCAAGGGCCUUGCGCUUUCUGGAGAUGCUUCAGCCGCUGGCCUCCCAGGUGCCGUACAUGACGCUGCCUGGGGACCGGGAUGAUCUUGGCAUCUACAAGCGUCUUUUCCAGAUGUCAGCCAGCAGCGAUCCGUGGUACUCGUUCAAAGCAGGGCAUGCCAAAGUAGUCAUGCUUUGGACUGACGCGCUGGUGGAUUUGGGCCAUUUCCAGCAAGCGGCCGCCUCCCGACAGCUGGCGUGGCUGGAAGAAGAGCUGAAGACGGCCGAAGAGGAGCGCGCAGCGCGGCCGUGGCUCAUCGUUGCUGGCCACAGGCCGCUCUAUUGCUCCAUGGUUCGGCCUACCUGCAGCUCAGAGGCAGCCCUCUUGCGCUCUGUGCUGGAGCCACUCUUUGUGACGUACGGGGUGGACUUGUACCUGUCGGCACACGUGCACGCCUACGAGCGGACCUUCCGGGUGCUGAAUGGCUCUGUGUGCACGCCUGAGGAGGGAGCUGCUUGCGGGCCUGUGCACAUUGUGAACGGUGAUGCUGGCGAUCCCCCACUACAGUACGCGGAUCUCCCGGCCCGUUUCACUGCGCAGAGACAUCCGGGGCAGGCCGGCUACGGGGAGUUGAUCCUGAAUGCCACCAAGCUGGAGUACCAACAGACGGAUGCAUUGACAGGUCAGACAAUUGAUCAGCUGGUCCUUACCAAGGAACUCCCCUUGUCGCCCGUUGGCGAGGAGAACUUCCUUGAAGCUGUUGGCUGGCUUGCCUUUGCCACAGCAGUGGCAACCGGCACAUGCGGGUUCGUCAAGUGGGUCCAUGCUGAUGGAUUGAAGCGCCGCAACGAGGCUCUUCGACACUUGCGAGCUGAGAUCGCAGUUCUGAGCGGCAUGCCAAUGAAGGCCGGGAGUCCAAGAGAGGUUGAAGGCCUUGUGCACGACAGCCAUAGCGCUGGCUUGCACUGAGCUCUGUGGGAAAGGGCUGGAGACGGGCGCCAUGGUCGAAAACCUGGGACAUGGAGUUUUUGUGAUUUGCCC